AUGUCCAAGCCCUUCGUCGCCGUGGCCGGAGCCACGGGCCAACUGGGCCGGGUCAUCGCGACGAACCUACGCCAGCGCAACGUCCCAGUCAAAGCCCUCGUCCGCACCGGCACAGCGCCCUCGCGCACUGAGGCCCUCCGCGCCGCGGGCGUCACCGUGACAGAGGCAGACCUCGGCGACGUAUCCGCCCUGACGAAGAGCAUGCAGGGCGCGACGUGCGUGGUAUCAGCCCUAAACGGCCUCCAGGACACCAUGCACGGGACGCAGGGCGCGCUCCUGGACGCCGCCGUAGCCGUGCGCGUGCCGCGCUUCAUCCCCUCGGACUACUCUCUGGACUUCACCAAGACCCGCCCCGGCUCCAAUCGCAACCUCGACCUGCGCCGGGAGUUCCACGCGCGGCUUGACGACUCCGGAAUCGCGUGGACGUCGGUGCUCAACGGAGGGUUCAUGGACCUGCUGGGCGGCGGCGCGCCGCUCAUCAACAACGGCCUCAAGAGGGUGCUGUACUGGGGCAGCGACGCGCAGAAGCUGGACUUUACCACCGUCGCCGACACGGCCGCCUACACGGCGGCCGUCGCUGCUGACCCGAACCCCACGCCCCGCUUCCUGCGCAUUGCUGGGGACACCUUCAGCGCGAAGGAGCUCGCCGAGAUGGUGAGCCGCGUCCGCGGCACGACGUACUCGACGCUGUGGGUGGGGAGCACCGGGUUCUUGGAGGGCUCGUCGGGCUUCAUGAGGCGCUUUUCUAUCGGCGGCGGCGAGCAGGACGUUUUCCCGGCGUGGCAAGGCAUGCAAUACAUGGUGAACAUGUUUUCGGGAGAAGGAAAACUUGACCCGCUGGACAAUGCAAGGUACCCUGAGUUGAAGUGGACCAAGGCCGAGGAAUACCUAGCGCAGCAACAAGCCCCCUCAUGA